AUGCGUCCUUCACUACGUCUCCUGAAUGCCGUCUCACACAGAGUACACAGACCACUCAUUCAAUUCGUCGGGAAGCGGCAGUUCUCAACUUUCGAAAAAGCGCUCGAACCCAACAGCAGGGAGAUUGACGGCCGGCCGAUCAACAUAGACCGCAUGUCCACCGACCACGAGAGCAGUCACCUGAAGGGCCUCAACUACGCUGAGUUCGAGGGCGAGGCUGUUGAACCAGCGCAAAAAGCUAGAGUCGACGAUGGCUCUGCACCAACCAAGACCAUCUUCGUCGGGAUGCUCUCAUGGAACGUGGACAAUGCGUGGCUCGAAUCCGAGUUUGCCCAGUGUGGCGAGAUCGUAUCUGCGCAUGUGCAGACGGACCGCAAUACUGGUAGGUCGCGCGGCUUUGGCUUCGUGACAUUCGCGUCACCCGAGGCUGUCGAUAAGGCGCUCGAGCUCAACGGCAAGGAGAUCGACGGUCGGUCGAUCAACGUAGACAAGAGCGUCGAAAAAGACCAGAACCAGGUCCGCGAGAGGCGCGCCAGGACAUUCGGCGACGCUCCCAGUGAACCUUCGAGCAGGCUGUUCGUCGGGAACCUUUCCUUCGACGCGACGGAGGAACAGCUUUGGGAAGUCUUCUCCGACUACGGCUCCAUCAAGAGCGUCCACAUGCCCACCAGCCGCGACAGUGGCCGGCCGAAAGGCUUCGGUUACGUUGAAUUCGAGGACAUCGAGUCUGCCAAGAAAGCACACGAGAGCCUUGUGGGUCAGGAGAUUGCCGGCCGUGCCAUCCGUCUCGAAUUCUCGCAGCCGCGUGACGACAACGGCGGCGGACGCGGUGGAGGACGCGGCGGCUUUGGAGGUCGUGGUGGCUUUGGAGAUCGUGGCGGCUUUGGAGACCGUGGCGGCUUUGGAGACCGUGGCGGUCGUGGCGGCUUCGAGGGCCGUGGUCGUGGUGGAGGACGUGGUCGCGGUGGUAACCGUGGACGUGGAGACCGUGGCGGUGGCAGGCCAAGAGAUGUCGAAAGCUUCGGCUUCUAGGGCGAGAGGAUUACCUUCGAUUAAUUGCUCGUCUCUUGGGCUGUGUGUUUUACUCAUGCUGUCUGGUCUCGCACUGUAGGUUGGUUCUCGCAGAGUGUAGCAUGCACGCGUUUCCGCUUAAAAAAUAUGCUUCAUCUCUCUGC